GGUGGGGACUGGGGAUGAUGGCCAGAAAAGCAGAGGAAGCCUGGGACCACCCAGCUCCUAAGACUCUGGGACCACUGAGAUUGGAGGAGCCCUGGGGUUCGUCUUUUGUCUUUUGCUGAGAUUUGUCAGGGAAAUGGGGGGCUGGCUGGGGCUGCAGGAGCAGUGUCUGCUGGGGAGUUGUGGGGAGCUAGACCCCUGGGCCAUUGUAUGGACAAGAAAGAUGUGCUACAGCCAGUCCUCCGAGGCUCCCUUUCCUUCCCCAAAGGAGGCGGGUGGGUAGAGUUAAGCCCCUGGGAUUUGCCAUCCUGGACAUCAGUCCCCCUCCAUCCCAGGAUGGGCUGUCUUUGCUCAGGCUUUCUACCCUCCAGGCCCUGGGGACUUUCUUGCUUUGCACUCCCUGAGGACACAAACUUUUUUGGCAUCCAAGCCUGCCCCUUGGGAAGGGAGAGCUUGGCUGACUUUAGAGGGGUGAUGGGAGGUCCUUGGCGUUUGCAGUGUGGAGGCUGCAGCUGGAGAGAUGGUGCCCUGACAGCCAGGACCUGCCCAGACCUGAGGGAGCAGCCAUUCCCCUCUCCCAGGGCCCAGCCCACUGGGGUGGGGAACUGAGUGGAGGGAGCUCUCUGGCAGCUCCCAGGCACAUCAUAGGAGAUGCCAGAAUAGUACUGACUCUGCUGCUGGCACCAGGGCUGAGAAACUAGGGAUGAGGAGGCUGGCCACACUUCCUGAAAGCUGGCCCCUGCCCUAGCAACUGGGUACUCUCCUUAAAAAAAAAAAAUUUAUGUAUUCAUUGUUUAAUGAGUGAGAGAUACAGAGAGACCACAGUGCUGCUCAGCUCUGGUUUAUGGUGGUGCAGGGAUUGAACCUGAGACAUUAGAGCCUUAGGCAUGAAAGUCUUUUGCAGGACCAUGCUAUCUCCCCAGCUUGAGUACCCUCAUUUUCCUGUUUGUCCUAAGCUUUCCCUGCCACCUCCUCAGACCAUGAUCUGGUCCCCAGCACACCCUCCUCUCUGUCUCUUCCUCUCAGCCCUCAGUCCUGGGAUGUGAGUGUCUGCUCCCCUCCCUUCCUCUUCUUCUGACUUUGUCUCCUCUAGUCUCUGCUUCAGGCCAUCUGCAGGGGGCUUGUGCUUGGUGUUUUCAGCUGACAUUCUAGGGAGUAGCUCCAUCGUGACCAGGGAUCCACAGAGCUGCAUCUGCUACUGGACUGGUCUGGCCUGUGGGCCGUGAGCACCGGGGCCCCUCACUGGGCCACCCCAGGUCUACUGGACCAACGCAAGAGGCCGUGGGCAGGCAGCUGGGCUAUGGUUUGGUGCCUUGGCCUGGCCUUCCUCAGCCUGAUCAUCAGCCAGGGGGCUGACGGUCGAGUGAGGCCUGAGGUGGUGUCAGUGGUGGGCCAGGCUGGAGGGAGUGCUGUACUGGGCUGUGACCUCCUGCCCCCCUCUGGCCACCCCCCACUACACGUCAUUGAGUGGCUGCGUUUUGGUUUCCUGCUCCCCAUCUUCAUCCAGUUUGGCCUCUAUUCUCCCCGGAUAGACCCUGAUUAUGUGGGACGAGUCCGGCUGCAGAAGGGGGCCUCCCUGCACAUCGAGGGGCUCCGGGCGGAGGACCAGGGCUGGUACGAGUGCCGGGUGCUCUUCCUAGACCAGCAGCACCCCGAGGACGAAGCGGCCAAUGGCUCCUGGGUGCACCUUACUGUCAACUCACCCCCUGAAUUCCUGGAAACACCCCCCAAAGUGCUGGAGGUGCGGGAGCUGGAGCCCCUGACCCUGCGUUGUGUGGCCCACGGCAGCCCUCAGCCUCAGGUCACCUGGAAGCUCCAAGGACAGGACUUGGGCCAAGGUCAGGGUCCUGUGCAGGUGCAGAAUGGAACACUGUGGAUCCCGAAAGUGGAGCAAAGCAGCUCUGGCAUCUACAUCUGCCAGGCCUCCAGCACCGAGGGCAGCACCACUCACACUACCCAGCUGCUAGUGCUAGGCCCCCCUGUCAUCGUGGUGCCUCCCCAGAACAGCACAGUUAAUGCCUCCCGAGAUGCCUUGUUGACCUGCCGGGCAGAGGCCCACCCUACAAACCUCACCUACAGCUGGUUCCAGGAUGGCACCAAUGUCUUCCAUAUCCCCCGCCUACAGGCCCGGGUGCGAGUUCUGGUGGAUGGGAGCCUGCGGCUGAGGGCCACCCAGCCCGACGAUGCCGGCCGCUACACCUGCAUACCCAGCAACGGAUUCCCACCUCCACCUUCUGCGACCGCCUACCUCAUUGUGCUCUACCCAGCCCAGGUGAUCUCAAUGCCUGCUGAGACUGCCCUGCCCAUUGGCAUGCAGGGGGUGAUCCAGUGCCCUGCUCGGGCCAACCCCCCACUGCUUUUUGUCAGCUGGACCAAAGAUGGGCAGGCCCUACAGCUAGACAAGUUCCCUGGCUGGUCCCAGAGCCCAGAAGGCUCACUGAUCAUUGCCCUGGGGAAUGAGGACGCGCUGGGAGAGUACUCUUGCACCCCCUACAACAGCCUGGGCACCACAGGGCCCUCUGCGGUGACCCGGGUGCUACUCAAGGCCCCCCCAGCAUUCCUGGAGCGACCGAAGGAAGAGUAUUUCCAGGAAGUGGGGCGGGAGCUCCUCAUCCCUUGCUCUGCCAGUGGGGACCCUCCCCCUGCUGUGUCCUGGACCAAGGUGGGUCAGGUGCUGCAGGGCCAGGCCCGGGUGGACAGCAAUAGCAGCCUCCUCCUGCGCCCACUGACCAAGGAGGCCCAUGGGCGCUGGGAGUGCAUGGCCAGCAAUGCCGUGGCCCGAGUGGCUGCCUUCACCAACAUCUACGUGCUGGGCACCAGCCCCCAUGCAGUCACCAAUGUGUCUGUGGUUCCUUUGCCCAAGGGGGUCAAUGUGUCCUGGGAGCCUGGCUUUGAUGGGGGCUACCUGCAGAGAUUCAGUGUCUGGUACACCCCACUGGCCAAGCGUCCUGACCGAGCCCACCAUGACUGGGUAUCCCUGGCAGUGCCCGUGGGGGCAGCUCACCUACUGGUGCCGGGGCUUCAGCCUCACAUGCCGUACCAGUUCAGCAUCCUUGCUCAGAACAAGCUGGGGAGCGGGCCCUUCAGCGAGAUUGUCUUGUCUGCCCCUGAAGGGUUUCCUACCACAACAGCUCCCCCCAGAUUGCCCUCGACAGAGAUGUCACCGCCUCUGUCCCCUCCACGAGGCCUAGUUGCAGUGAGGACGCCCCGGGGGGUACUUUUGCACUGGGAUCCCCCGGAACUGGUCCCAGUGAGGCUGGAUGGCUACAUCCUGGAGGGACGGCAGGGCUCCCAGGGAUGGGAGGUACUGGAUCCGCAGGUGGCUGGCACAGACAUGGAGCUGCUGGUACCUGGCCUCAUCAAGGACGUGCUGUACGAAUUCCGCCUGAUGGCCUUCACGGAUGGCGAUGUCAGUGGUCCAAGCAACACUGCCAAUGUCUCCACUUCGGGCUUGGAGGUGUACCCUUCGCGCACUCAGUUGCCGGGCCUCUUGCCGCAGCCCGUGCUGGCCGGCGUGUUAGGCGGGGUGCUCUUCCUGGGCGCCGCAGUACUUGUUAGCGUGCUGGCCGCUUGCCUCAUGAACCGGCGCCGGGCCGCGCGCCGCCGCCUCAAGCGCCUGCGCCAAGGUCCACCGCUAAUCUUCUCCCCGCCCGGAAAGGCAGCUCCACACUCUGCACCGGGCUCGGGCAGCCCAGACAGCGUGGCCAAGCUGAAGCUCCAGGCAUCCCCAGUGCUCAGUCUGCGCCAGAGUCUACUCUGGGGGGAGCCCCCAGGACCCCCCAGCCCCCCUCCGGACCCUCCACCUAGCCGGGGAUCCUUGCCCUUGGAGCCCAUUUCGAGGGGACCAGAUGGGCGCUUUGUCAUGGCUCCCAGCUUGAGGUCCUCCCAAGAAAGAUCAGGCCCAGAUCAGGUGGAGUUUCAGACCCCAGCCGGGCGCCAGGCCAGGUCCUUUGACUGCAGCAGCAGCAGCCCCAGUGGGCUACCUGAGCCCCUCCACAUCUCUGACAUCAGCCCUGUUGUGCCCCCUCCCAUGACCCUGCCCAGCCCCCUGCCGGGCCCGGGGUCCUUACUGCAGUAUCUGAGUCUGCCCUUCUUCCGGGAGAUGAAUGUGGAUGGGGACUGGCCCCCCUUGGAGGAGCCAGCACUGGCACCACCUCGGGAUUACAUGGACACCCAGCCCUGCCCCAGCUCUUCUUUUCUCUGCCCUCUGGACUCCCCCACCGUGUCCUCAAGGACUGCCCAAGAGCUCCCUUACACAGCACUGGCUGACUGGACUCUGAGAGAGAGGCUGCUGCCAAGCCUCCUCCCUGCGGCUCCCCGGGGCAGCCUCACCAGCCAGAGUAGUGGGCGGGGCAGUGCCUCCUUCCUACGGCCCCCUUCCUCAGCCCCCUCUGCUGGGGGCAGCUACCUCAGUCCCCCGCCUGGAGACACCAGCAGCUGGGCCAAUGGCCUUGAGAGGUGGUCACGGAGGGAGCACGUGCUGACUGUCAGCAAGAGGAGGAACACAUCUGUGGAUGAGAACUAUGAGUGGGACUCAGAAUUCCCUGGGGACCUGGAAUUGCUGGACACUCUGCACUUGGGUUUGGCUGGCCCUCAAGCCCGCCCUGAAGCAGAGCCAGAGCUAGGCACAAAGAUCCCAGAGGAGGGCCUUCUCCUGAACACUGCCCAGGUCCCUGGCCCUGAGGCCCGUUGUGCUGCCCUCCGGGAGGAGUUCCUGGCCUUCCGCCGCCGCCGAGAUGCCGCCCGAGCACGCUUUCCAGCCUAUCGCCAGACAGUUCCUGACCCUGAGCAGGCCACUCUGCUGUGAAGACCUCAGGGUGAGGCCAUGGAGAUGCUCGGACCCUGCCAAGGUGGCUUCCAAUUAAGUCCGGAGCUGCCCCACCCCUCUGUAUCCAGGCACAGACUCCAAUAGUGGGCCCAGGUGGGCUUGCUAUUGGGUGUAUGCGCUGAAUCCCAAGAGUAUGGGGGCUACAACAGGGAUCUUAGAAUUGGUGUGUGUGGUGUGUGUGUGUGUGUGUGCUGUGUUAGUAUGGGAGAGGUUUUUUUUUUUUUUACAGGUGAAUAAAAAUCUGAGAAAAGUU